CUGUGACGUCAGGUGCGCGCGUGGCUCCGGCUGCGCAGGAACAGCUGGUGUCUCCGAAGGCGGCCGGCGAGCGGACGGGCUGUGGUGCUGGCGGCCAGUGGCGCCACGCUGCGGGAGCCGCCGCCGCCGCCUCGCACCGCCGCACCAUGUCCGGCCAGCUGGAGCGUUGCGAGCGCGAGUGGCAUGAGCUGGAGGGAGAAUUUCAGGAACUGCAGGAAACCCACAGGAUCUACAGGCAGAAGCUGGAGGAGCUGACUUCACUCCAGACUUUAUGUAGUGGCUCUAUCAACAAGCAGAAGACGCGACUAAAGGACUUGAAGCACACACUCCAGAGGUACAAGCACCAUGCGAGUCAGGAGGAGGCAGAGCUCAUCCAGCAGAUGAGUGCCAACAUCAAGGAGCGGCAGAAUGUCUUCUUCGACAUGGAGGCCUACCUGCCCAAGAAGAAUGGGCUCUACUUAAACCUGGUCCUUGGCAAUGUGAAUGUGACCCUUCUCAGCAACCAGGCCAAUUGUGUGACCUUUUCUGGGGGUGUCUAUCAAUGCAGAUUUGCUUACAAGGAUGAGUACGAGAAGUUCAAGCUCUACCUGACCAUCAUCCUGCUCCUAGGUGCUGUGGCGUGUCGAUUUGUCCUUCACUACAGGGUGACUGACGAAGUUUUUAACUUCCUGCUGGUGUGGUAUUACUGCACCCUGACAAUCCGGGAGAGCAUUCUCAUCAGCAAUGGCUCGAGAAUUAAAGGCUGGUGGGUGUCUCACCACUACGUUUCCACGUUCCUCUCUGGAGUGAUGCUGACCUGGCCUAACGGAUUAAUUUAUCAGAAGUUUCGUAAUCAGUUUUUAGCGUUUUCCAUUUUUCAGAGCUGUGUCCAGUUCCUGCAAUAUUAUUACCAGAGGGGCUGCCUCUACAGGCUGCGGGCUCUGGGAGAGAGGAAUCAUCUGGACCUCACGGUGGAAGGGUUCCAGUCCUGGAUGUGGCGGGGCCUCACCUUCCUCCUGCCUUUCCUGUUCUGUGGCCAUUUCUGGCAGCUCUACAAUGCCGUCACGUUGUUUGAGCUCUCCAGCCACGAGGAAUGCAGAGAAUGGCAGGUGUUCGUGUUGGCGCUCACUUUCCUCGUCCUCUUCCUUGGCAAUUUCCUGACCACACUCAAAGUCGUGCACGCGAAACUUCAGAAGAACAGAAACAAAGGGAAGAAGCUGUGAGCCAAGGGACCUGUGCACCCCCAGCCCCUGGGGUUCAAGACUGCAGGGGGUUCCAGCUGGCACCUGGCUGCACCUGAUUUCCUCCCCACAGUGUCCUUGGCCACUGCAGCAGCCACCUCAGGGGCCAGCGCAUCACUGGUAGAAGGGCCAAGGCCCUGGUCCCCGGUGGACAAGAGGAAUGUGGCCCCUGCCCGUCUGCACAAUGUUAGCCUGCUCAGCCUCCCUAUUUAUGACAUAUUUAACACGGGGUCCUCCCGACCGCCCUAGAAUCCGCAGUCUUCCCUCGCUGCCCUCUCACGGCUGAGACUGGGUCAGUCUUCCUGGGCAGGGGCCUAAAGCCUCAGGGAGCCCCUCAGGUUGGGGUUUGGAUGUGCCUCGCUGGAGUGCCGACCUGCUACUUACUGAGUCCCCAGCAGGUGGAAGGAAACCCCUCGGCGUCCUGUGGAGCCUCCCUCCCCGGGGCAAACCGGCAAACCGCUUCCGCUGUAAGCUCUCCCGGCCUCCGCUGCUCCGUGGUGGGGUAUUUAAGUUCUCAGAGAAUCAC